AACCACAGGUUCUGGGCCUUCACUGCUUUCUUGAGUAGGAAGGCUACCUUCAUUCCUGCCUACAGACUGAGUUGGACAAACAUUGCCUAGGACUGCAGGAAAACCAAAUUCAGGAGAAUUAGGAAUACAAGCAAGGAUUCAUCAUGCCAAUCAAACGCGUUGGUUGGAUAUGCAGUCAAGUAGUGAAGAGCUUUUCUGGAAAAAUUGAGGGAUUACAGAAAGCAGUCAUGGACCUUGCACACGAGUUUAAGGAUGAAUUCCCCAGCAUGUUAAGAUUAUCACAGUCAAACCAGAAAACAGAUGUGGUCCCAACAACAUCCAAAACAAGAAUGGCUAUCAUUCUAGCUAGGAUACAUGCAGGAGCAAUCCUCCAAGGAUUACAUAAGAUAUCCAGAUCAUCAAAAUCAGUUGCCAAACUUUUGCAGCCUCAACUUACCCAUAGGCUCUUAGAGCUAAAGAACCUAUCGCAUCGUCUGCUGAGGGAUGUAAACACUCCAAAGCAACCUCUGUAUAAAAUUCAGGUCAGAAAGGGUUCUUUGUUAGAUGUAAUCUCCUUUCCAGCAAAAACUGCCUUUGCAAGCAUAAUAUAUGCAUCUUAUGCAACACUAAUUUACUUGACAGUCUGUAUUAAUGCAUUGCUGGAGAAGGUGAAGAAUAUUUUUCAAGAAGAAGAGUCCAUAAGGCAAAACAAAAAGGAUAGUUUUGAAGUCAGAAAAGCCUUUUCUGAGCCUGUGUUUUGUGAACAUGAAAUCAUAGCUAAGCCUUAUAGAUCUCUGCCGGAGAACCCAAACACAGUUCUCCUUUCUGAUGUUAAGCUUCCUGAUAUUAAGUUGAGCGACAAGAUUCAAGUAUUACAUUCUGUAUUUGACCAAUCAACUCAAGUGAAUGAAUAAUAUGAAUACAAAAAUGACUUUUUAAAAUGGAGCUUAAAUGCUAUCUGAAGGUACAUUUAAUCUGAAAAUGGGAAAAAAGUAGAUAUAUUGAAUACCCUACUUGUAAACAAAGAAAUUGCUACAAAAUGUCAUUCUCUAGUGCUAUGUAGAAGAAAAAUAAACUGAACCGUUUUAUAUAUAUAUAUACGUACAAGUGGUUUUCAGCAUGAAAAAGAGAAAAUAACAUAGAUAUAGAAAUCAGUGUAAAUCUUCACUUUAACAAAUCAAUAUUAAUUUAGUAGAUUGUGUGUGUUAUAGCACAGCCUAGACUGUGGGUCCUUUUAUAAUAAAUCUAUAUUUUUGAAAUCUCUUUUGAAUAUCUUUCUAAUAACUGAAAUUAUUUUUAAACAUUUUAAUGGAGUUUUAUAAACUAACAAAAUCCCUCAUAAUCCUUUUUAUAAAGACAAUGAGUAUAUGAGUAUUCACAAGCUUCAUAGUCCAAGACUAUUUUGUCAUUAAUAAUUACUUUCUGCCUCACUUUCUCAAUCUGAAAAACGCAGAAGCAAACACUUGAGAUUCUCGGGUGCUCAUACUAUUUAAUAAUAAAAUAUUACAUUUACAAUUAAUUUGUAUGGAUAAGUUUAUUUGUAUACACAGCUUUAUGGUAGCUAGAUGAUAUAGUGUAUAGAGAGCUGGACCUAUAGUUAGGAAAACCUGAGGUUUAAAUCCAAUCUCAUACACUUAUUACCUAUAUGACCCUG